CUAAACUUGGUUGUGGUUUAACUUACAGUAUAUAGUGUAGUAAGUCUAGUGGUCGAUGUUUACAUGUAUAUCACAUUUGGAGCAUAAGUAUUAUGUUACAAAUUUGUUGAUUUGUGCAAAUAGUAGUACAGUAUUCCACGUGAUGCUAUCAUGACAUCAGAGAGCGAUUCUGAUGAGUUUUAUGAUGCAGAAGAUGCAGAACUGUCGCACGCAGGUCCAGGGAUCGGGUCAAGCCCGCCCAGGAAGGCCAAAAAGCCACCGGCAAUCUCCGAGUUUGAAGAGGAGCUGCACCGACUGGCAACCGAGCGACGCUUGGCCGAGGAGCGGAGAAGGCAGGAAGAGGAGGCCCUCCAGAGGAAGAUAGAGGAGGUCCAAGCCAAGAAGCGAGAAGAAGAGGAGAGAGAACGACAGCGUCUCUUGGAAGAGCAAAGGAAACGAGAGAAGCAGAGGAAGGAAGAGGAGCGACGAAAACAGGAGGAGGAAGAGCGAUUACUAGAACAGCAGGAGGCUGAACAACGGAGGAUUGAGGCUGAGAAACGCCGCAAACGCCUGGAGGAGAUGCGUCUCCGGGAAGACCGUGCUGGGCACAGCAGCAGGCUGGCGUCAUCCGGCGACCAAGACCCGGCCAGAGAAGCCUCAGAACCUUCUUCCCAGGGCGUAGCGGAGGAAAUCCUGGGCCGACAGACUGACACGCCCCAGGAUGACGCCGUUCCCCGGGAGCCCGGCUUGGCCAAUCGGAACGUCCAGCCCGAUGUCAUUGCCAGCAUUCGGGAGAGGCCCUCGGCGCUACCCCUGGGGGUAGACUCCCAGGGUGAUAUGCCGCCCCAGCCUGUUGCCCCACCGCGGAAGAAGAAGAAACCGAAGUCGUCGGAAACCCCAACUCCGGAAAUCAAAAAUCUGCAGUCCAGGAAAGAAACCGCGGAGACUCCAGCGAGCCAGGGGGAGGAGGUGUCGGUAGGCCUUCCACCUGAGCCGGGCUCAUCGGGCAGGCCUCUGAGCGGUCUCCUCACCCCUACUACCACCAUCGAGUCACUGACCAAAGAGCUGGAGCAUUCUCUGGACCUGGCCAGUGCCACCAGCGAUGCUGUGGUCCUGCAUCAGGAGACCCAGAGCAUCAAGGGUGAGUCCCGCGCCGAGGUCUUGGAAGCCCUGAAGAACCCUGUCCCCUCUGGGCCCCCACCCCCCAAGCCCCCGCGGAGCCAGGGCGGGUCGCCGGCCACCUCCGAGGGCAAGGGCAGCAGAGGGGGGACGCCGGAGAUGGACACACUGUCCCAGUAUCACAACCUGAUGAAGGGCCGCUCGGCGAAAGGGGAACAGCUCACCGACGAGGAAGUACUGUCUCAGGUCACGGUUAGGAAUCUGGACACGGGAGACACUGUCCCUCUCCUGCUGGCCGAGGAAAGACUGCCGAAGUGCAUCAAUCCGUUGGCCUUGCACAUAAUGAGACUGACGUCCGAGUAUGUCAGCAAUACAAGCCUGGACAAGGAGGGCGGAAGUGACGGAGAGAAGGCCAAAGCAGCCACGCAGGGGGUCAAGAAAUCCAAAUCCAAGAAAAUCAAGUUCAAGAAAAUCCUGACCAAGAUCAAGAAUGUCGCAGACGAGGCCUUCAGGCAUGAGGAGCAGGAAUCCAGUGAUGAGGAGUCGCUUCCAGAUUCGAGGAUUGUGAAGUUCAAAGCGUCUGGCAGCAACAAGGGUCCCUACGACUUUGACCAGCUGAGGUUGGCCCAGGAUCUGGGCCGAGAGCAUGCUGGGGCAGUGUGGACCAUGAAAUUCUCCCCCUGUGGGCGAUUACUGGCAACGGCCGGUCAGGACAGGAUCCUGCGUGUCUGGGUCCUUCAAGACCACUAUAAGUACUUUGACGACAUGAGGCAGCGCUACAGCAACGAGGCCAGAGAGCAGGCACAAGAGGGCAGCAGCUCAGAGAAGGAUUCAUCUUCUGACCCAGAGAGAGAGCGGUCUGGAUCGGAGGACGCUGCCGAGGAGCCAAGAGAUGCCAAGAAGGAGGACACCCCACCUGAGGGGGAGGAGCAGCCGGACAUGCCCAUCCGGGAGAGUGCCCUCGACGAUGAGCUGGCCAUCUUUGCCCGGACACCGUUCUUUGAGUACUCGGGACAUACGGCCGAUGUGCUGGACGUCUCCUGGUCCAAGAACUAUUUCAUUCUGUCCUCUUCCAUGGAUAAGACGGUGAGGCUGUGGCACAUCUCCCGCAGCGAGUGUCUCUGCUGCUUCCAACACAUCGACUUUGUCACUGCCAUCGCCUUCCACCCACGGGACGAUCGUUACUUCUUGAGUGGCUCCCUGGACGGCAAGCUACGAUUGUGGAACAUUCCAGACAAGAAGGUGGCGCUGUGGAAUGAGGUGGACGGCCCAACAAAGCUGAUCACCGCCGCCAACUUCAUCCAGAACGGCCGCUUCUCCGUGGUGGGUACCUACGACGGGAGAUGCAUCUUCUACGACACCGAGCAUUUGAAGUACUACAGUCAGAUUCACGUGCGAUCCACCAGAGGGCGUAACGCCAUAGGAAGGAAGAUCACCGCCAUUGAACCCCUUCCUGGUCAGGAUAAGAUUCUUGUAACUUCUAAUGACUCUCGCCUGAGGCUGUAUGACCUCCGUGACCUCUCGCUGACCUGCAAGUACAAAGGAUGCAUGAACAUCAGCAGUCAGAUCAGAGCCUCGUUCAGCCACAAUUACCGCUACAUCAUUUGUGGUUCCGAAGAUCACUGCAUCUACAUCUGGAAGACCAACUACGACUUUGCCAAGUUCACCUCGGUGCGCAAAGACCGCAACGACUUUUGGGAAUCCAUCAAAGCUCACGACGUCGUCGUCACCACGGCUGUCUUCUCCCCCCAGCCCUCGUUGGUCGUCAAGCCCACCGACUCCGACGGCAAGCCACUUGCCUCCGACGCAGCCGUCCCAGCCCCCAUCCCCGGCGGCCUCCCGUCCGCUGAGGCCCCGGAGAGCCCUGCCACCCGUGCCAAGCGGGAGAUGAUCCAGGGAAAGAGUGUAGCGGAAGGGGGGAGCAAGGCAGAGAAGAAGAGCUCCCUCAAGAGGCUGCUAGACCAGGGCGAACUGCUGGUCUCUGGUGAUUUCAACGGUGCCAUAAAGGUGUUCAUUAAACGGCCCAAGCUUUAACUGCUCGCCAGUCCCACCCCCCCAGUCAUGCUAAUUAGCAUCAACAAGUGUUGACAGACACGAUCAGCCUCAACAAGGCACCCACAGCUGGAAAUUCACUCUAAAGCCUCAAAAGAAGUAUCGUCAAAUUUACAUGCAGAAGGCUGUCACAUCUUAGGAAGUUGGCAAAUCCACAACGAUACUGCAGGAAAACAAAACUGGUCCAGGAAGGGUGGACCAUUUCUCCAUCGGCUAAGCGUAGACGAGAUGGCUGCCAAUCGGGCUGCAUGAACGGCACUGUUGUACUUUUUUGUACUUUGUCGCUCCAAAUGCCACACUUAAAAUCAUGUAAAAUAAAUUCCAUGCACGUAUUAAUAAUGAUAUUUAAUCGGUAUUUUCAAUUCAUGAUUUACGCAUGAAAAUAUUGGUUGAGGCUAAAUAGCAUGGCUGUCUUGUAGAACAUUCCGUUCAAAAAGAGGAAUUUGUUUCUCUCUUGGAGGAAACUGAAGCAGCAUUAAUCCUAAUGACAGGUAAGUUUUGAGAAUUACACUGCGAUACGACUUGAGAUUGGUUAGGGUGGAAAUGCACGUCAGCCGCGGCUUAUUCAUGAAAGCUCGGAACGUCUCGCUGGCAAUCUAAAAUCCUUACUUUUGGGAAACAGUUUCUAUCAAUUUGCGUCAAUUUGACUUUUAUGUCAGUUUUAUCGUUUAUCUAAAGACAGUACGUUUGAUAACACUUGACAAAUUAGAUUUAAAGGAAACUUAUAUUUGAUCUGAUAACAUAUAUGAUGUACUUGUAUAUAAAAAUGGAGGGCUGUCUGGAGAAGCUGUACAUUUAGAAAUCAGCAGCCCUGAGUCUCCAAAGUUGUCGCACCUUGUUUAACUUCUUUACUACAACAAAUAUUUUAAAUGGUUUAAAAAAAAAGCUUGUGAAUCCUUGUACUAAAAGACAGUGUCUAUGUGCUUUAUUGGUCGACGUUAAUUUUCAUAGGAGCAGUCUAUACCUUUAAUAUUUCCGAUCCAAAUAGACUUCCCUCCACAUCAGUCGCAGUUUUGCUGGCUAUUAAUGAAUUUCUGAAAACCCUAGCCACACAUGCAGGUUAUGCGAGGUGUGAAACUUGAAUUGUCAUUAUAAAUUCAGUUAAACAAGCUGUACUUGCAAUCAGGCACAUAUCUGAAGAAAGGUUUCAAAUGAGUGUGGCUACGUUUUCUUGAAUGGAAUCCUGCUGAAAUGUGCCUAGUUUCAGAGAGUUGCUCUCUAGAAAGAAUGCUGAGAAUAUUUGUGCGCUCGGCAAAAAUCAUGCGGGAACCAGUUAUAAGAAAUGUGGAUUGUACGAAAUUUCUUUCGGCUGGUAGCCUGUCUUUGCUAAGUAGUUAGAAAUGACAUUUUGGCUGGUAGCCCGCCUUUGUUAAGGAACUGGAUAGAACAUUCUGGCAGGUAGCCUGUCUUUGCUAAGCAACCAUGAAAUUUUUGCUGGUAGCCUGUCUGUGUUAGUCUUCCUUUGCUAAGCAGAUUGUUUUGGGCUCAGUAAAUUGGGUGUUUGAAUUGGCAGUUUUAUGAAAUUAGGACUUGAUAUGUAACAUUUUAACUGGAAGUAAAAAUUUAGCUCCAGGUGGACGUGAUAAUGUUAGUCAUGUUUUAUCCGUGAACUGCACCGGAACUCCAUCAGUACGGCUCCAAUAAAAGUGGCAUAACUGGCCAAGUUUUAACUUAUGGAUGGUCCGCCAUCAGCAAGUUGGAAAUUAGGCAACAACUAUCCCCUUGGAAAAGCAGAACAUGUAUAAAUGUGGAUUGCAAGGAUAUUUUAUGGAGUGCCAGACCAAACCAGUCACCAACUUGGUGCAAAGCCCAAGAGUGAGCAGGCUAUUGUCAUUAAGGUGUCAGUUGUCACAGUGACGCUGACACAAUUCUUGUGUCAAAGCCUUGAAGGUCCCUUUUUGUCAAAAUCCCAGUCCAUUAUUAAUGCUGAACCCAACAAGGUUAUGCAGGAUUUCAAUGGUCCCUAGAGGGUUAGGGUUAAAGUGAACUUUGAUAUCAUUUUCAACUUGAACAUAAAAAACUGACGUACUAGCAAAACAAUGGAGAUACAUGUAGAUUUGUAAGUGGAAAAUCAGAUUUGGGGUUACAGUUGAUGAAUAUUUGGCAUUUGAAAAAAAUUCAAGCAUUAGGCAUAGCAUUUGUUGACUCUGCAUACGGCCAACUUUUUUUAUUAUGACAUGUAGUUGGAUUUUGAAUGCCAAGUCUGAAUAUAUAUAUUAAACAAAUGAAAAAAUUAAUAUUUUCCCCCUGCAGGAUUUUUUGUAGUGUUUUCAAAAAAGUUGAAUUUUUGAAUAUUUAAGUUUUUUGUCUUGAUGCAGUGCUUUUAGUUAGCCGAAAAACUAAAUGUAAUAGCAAAAGAGAACCGGUCCAUUAUUUUAUUUGAAUUUUUCCCACCCUCUGACCCUGGAAAAUUUCAUGCCAGGUUUGUAAUCCAAUGUAAUGCUGGCCUAAUACAUGUGUACAGGUACGUGAUCUUUAAAUUGGUAGGUUUAUUUGAAUGGUUUUCAUGGUUUAAAUGUAACCAUACUGCUGUGAGUAUCCGCAUAAUUAAGUUUGUCUAAUCCUUUUCAAAAAGAGAGAAUUCUUCCAUAUUUAUCUGACUCCCUGGUGCGGAACGUAGGUUUUUCAUUUUAAAUUUCCAGUCGAUUUUUUAGAAGGUGCUUUAAAGAUUAAUUUCUCAGCUGUGCUGUUGGUAAUUUCUAUAUGAUGAUGAAGAAAACAUACAGGUGUUAAAAAUGUAGAUAAUUUGGCGGUAAUCCGAGUGAUCAAAAAGAGAUGUAAAUAUUUUCAGUAUUAAAAAGAACGAUUCAUGGAAAAGAACGUUUUGAUGUGGUUUUUAUCUCGUUUUAUUUGUGGAUCAUGAUACAACAGGUGUAAUUGCAACCCUGAAAAUUUCACGAACUCUUGAAAGGGCAAGAACUUCUGAUGAAGUCUUGAAAAACAGUACAACAGCUUGUUAGCCUCAUUUAACCCUACAAGUACUUCACUCAAAUCUGAACUGCAACCCCUGAAACGUGUUUACGAGAAACCUUCCUGAAUCCCACGAAAUUCUCUACUUUGACGACAAAUUAGCAAAUAGGGGUAUUUGUAUUUAUUGGGGGGAGGGAGCACUUUGCACUGUGAAGGGGCAUUAAGCAUCCCCUUG